UAGAUUGUCACCGGAGUAAGGCACUUGAAAAUAUAUAUUUAUUUAUAUAUAAAUAUAGAAAUCUGCGACAUCAAAAGCGUGCCAUAAGCCCUCCUGUCUCCGGCUGCAUAUGCGUGACAAGCAAAUAGCAUUACCAUUGCCCCUAAAUGUCAGAAUUGCAAUGAAUUUUUGAUAUUCCGUCGCAGCCGGGUGGAGUAGCUUUAAAAUCGUUUCACUAAUGGCGGCGUCGUCCGCCUUAGGUUCGGUUCGUCGCCAGUUGUUCCGGUUCUCAACACCUGUCAGAGUCAAGGCCCACGAAUUGGGAAUGUGAAUUUGGUAGCGGAAAUGGGAACGGAGACGGUAAUGGAACCCAAAAGCCACACUCCCACCGCCGAGUUGGAGGUCGAGCGCCUUACAUAACCGCUGCUCGAGAAGGAAUCGAGAUUAGAAAACGAGAGUUAGUAGCCGCCACAUGUGCCUUUCGAGUGCCUGCAUCCCCUGCUGAGUCCAGAUCAAGUGCCUUUUUGGGAGCGAAUCCCCAGGAACCAAGAACCCCCCGCCCUCUCAUAAGAGAAGAUGUCGGGACCGUACCAGCGCCAGAGCCUGGAACUGCGUAGUUCUCAGGACAAUGGAUCUGCAGACGAUUCCGGUAGCCGGUUGAGGCAUUUGUCGGGCACUUCGGCCAGCCAGAGGAGACGGCAGCAACGUGUGGCCCAACAGCGCCAGGACUCCUGGUUCCGACACUCCAUGCCACCGGCCAUCAAUCGGGACUUUGAGUCCCUGGAGCACCUCACGCCCAGGGUCUCAGAUGGCCUGGAUGAGCAAUUGGCCGCCUCCGUAUCGCAAAGUGUCCAUAGUGGCGGCAGCGUCACGCUUUGCGGGCGCGCGGAUCAAUCCAGCAUCCACCUGAACAGUGCCAACAGCAACCUGGGCUUCAUCGACUCGGACACGCCCAAUACGCCAGUGACCCCAACAUCCGGUCAGCAGCCACCCGCCUCUGUGUCCACCUCCGUGGCUGGCACACUCUCCUCUAACCGAAGGUCGGGCAACCGCAAGGAUUCCAAGGGCUCCAUUCUAUCCCGACAGAGUGGCCGGAGUCGAGUUUCUGUGCUGGCCCAAAGGGGCCUGCAAAUGACCGCCUCUUUUCUACGCCGGAAGCGGGCGGAAUACGAAGAUGAUGAGGACUUCACCUCAUCGGCCGGCUACGAUGCAGACGAUGGGGAGAGGCGUAUCAUAAACCUAAAUGCGCCACAGACCACUAAGUACUGCAAUAAUCGCAUUACGACGGCAAAAUAUAGUAUCAUUAGCUUUCUGCCCGCCUUUCUGUUCGAGCAGUUCCGGCGCUAUUCCAACUGCUUUUUCCUCCUGAUUGCCAUACUGCAGCAAAUCCCGGAUGUAUCGCCCACGGGUCGUUACACCACGCUUGUUCCGCUCAUGUUCAUCCUGUCGGUGAGCGCCAUUAAGGAGAUAAUCGAGGAUAUUAAACGACACCGGGCGGAUAAUGAGAUCAAUCACAGGAUGAUCGAGCGGCUAGAUAGUGGCACUUGGACCACAGUCCGCUGGUCAGAGCUAACCGUGGGGGAUAUCAUAAAGGUCACCAUCAAUUCCUUUUUCCCUGCCGAUCUGAUUAUUCUCUCGUCUAGUGAGCCGCAGGCCAUGUGUUUCAUCGAGACGGCCAAUCUGGAUGGUGAGACGAACCUCAAGAUCCGGCAGGGAGUGUCAGCCACCGCUGGUCUGCUGGAGACGAAGGAUCUGAUGCGUUUAGAGGGCAGGAUCGAGUGCGAGCUGCCCAACCGGCAUUUAUACGAAUUCAAUGGGGUGCUCAAGGAGAACGGCAAACAAACCGUUCCCUUGGGCAACGAUCAGGUGCUGCAGCGCGGCGCUAUGCUCCGGAACACGGCAUGGAUAUUUGGUGUCGUUGUCUACUCUGGGCAGGAGACAAAGCUGAUGAAGAACUCUACCUCGGCGCCACUAAAGCGCUCCACCGUGGACAAGCUGACCAAUACACAGAUUCUGAUGCUGUUUAUGAUCCUCAUCUCGCUGUGUAUCACCAGUGGCCUAUGCAAUCUGUUCUGGACCCGAGAGCACUCGGUGACGGACUGGUACCUGGGCCUCGUGGACUUUAAAAGCCUGAGCCUUGGCUAUAACCUGCUGACCUUCUUCAUUCUGUACAACAACCUUAUACCCAUUUCGCUCCAAGUCACCCUCGAGCUGGUGCGUUUCCUGCAGGCCAUAUUCAUCAACUAUGACAUUGAGAUGUACCACGAGGAGUCGAACACACCGGCCAUGGCCAGAACCUCGAACCUGAACGAGGAACUUGGCAUGGUAAAGUACAUAUUCUCGGACAAGACGGGCACACUCACCCAAAAUGUGAUGGAGUUCAAGAAAUGCUCCAUUGCCGGCAUAUCUUACUCUCCGGAGAACACGCCAGAGCAAUCUCAGCUGGUACAGAACAUCUUGAGUCGUCACCAAACGGCCGGCGUGAUCGAGGAGUUUUUGAUUCUGCUGUCUGUGUGCCACACGGUGAUCCCUGAGCGAAGGGACAACGGUACCAUCAUCUACCAUGCCGCCAGUCCGGACGAGCGGGCUCUGGUCGAGGGCGCUCAUAAGUUUGGCUACAUCUUCGAUACCCGUACGCCCGAGUACGUGGAGAUCAAUGCGCUCGGCGUGCGCAAAAGGUACGAGGUCCUAAAUGUCCUCGAGUUUACCUCGACACGCAAGCGAAUGUCGCUGAUUGUGCGCACACCGGAGGGCAAGAUCAAGCUGUUCUGCAAAGGAGCCGAUACGGUGAUAUACGAGCGAUUGGCUCCACAGGGCCAGGCGUUCCGGGAGGAGACCCUGCGCCACCUCGAGGAGUUCGCGUCGGAUGGCUUGAGAACGCUCUGCCUGGCGGUAACCGACAUCCGGGCGGAUGUGUAUCAGGAAUGGCGCGAGACCUAUCACAGGGCCGCGACUUCGCUGCAGAAUCGGGAGAGCAAACUGGAAGAUGCUGCCAAUCUGAUUGAGAUCAAUCUGCGUCUGCUAGGCGCCACAGCCAUUGAGGAUCGACUGCAGGACGGUGUGCCGGAGACAAUUGCCGCGCUCCUUGACGCCGGCAUUUACAUCUGGGUACUCACUGGCGACAAGCAGGAGACGGCCAUCAACAUUGGCUACUCCUGCCGCCUCAUCAGUCACUCCAUGGAUAUCUUAAUCCUCAACGAGGAGAGUUUAGAUGCCACCCGCGAAGUAAUACAUCGACAUUACGGAGAGUUUAAGAGCUCGACGGCCAAGGAUGCCAACGUGGCUCUGGUCAUCGAUGGCACCACUUUGAAGUACGCUUUGAGCUGCGAUUUGCGCAACGAUUUCCAGGAUCUGUGCCUCCUCUGUCGUGUGGUCGUCUGCUGCCGCGUCUCGCCGAUGCAAAAGGCCGAGGUGGUCGAGAUGGUCACGCAGAGCACCAAAGCCGUAACCUUGGCCAUAGGUGACGGUGCCAACGAUGUGGCCAUGAUUCAGAAGGCAAAUGUGGGCAUUGGGAUUUCGGGAGUGGAAGGUCUACAGGCGGCAUGCGCCUCGGAUUACUCCAUUGCCCAGUUCCGGUAUCUGCAGCGCUUACUGUUGGUGCACGGUGCUUGGAACUACGCGAGGAUCUCCAAGCUUAUUCUGUACAGCUUCUACAAGAACGUGUGUCUGUAUGUGAUUGAGCUGUGGUUCGCCGUCUAUUCGGGCUGGUCGGGCCAGAUCCUCUUUGAGCGCUGGACCAUCGGUCUGUACAACGUGAUCUUCACGGCCAUGCCGCCGUUUGCGAUGGGUCUGUUCGAGAAGUUCUGCACGGCGGAGACGAUGAUACGCUAUCCAAUGCUGUACAAGACCUCACAGAACGCCAAGCUCUUUAAUGUUAAGGUUUUCUGGAUUUGGAUAUUCAAUGCCCUGCUGCACUCGGCGUUUCUCUUCUGGAUACCAAUGGCUGCCUAUACGAGCGAGGUGAUCUGGAACGACGGCAAGACUAGCGACUACCUGUUGUUGGGCAAUCUGGUGUACACGUAUGUGGUCGUUACGGUGUGCCUGAAGGCUGGUCUCAUCACCAACUCGUGGACCUGGCUGACGCACUUGGCUAUCUGGGGAUCCAUAGUGCUCUGGUUCACCUUCCUCCUGGUCUACAGCCAUGUGUGGCCGACGUUUAAGAUUGCCAGUAAUUUCCGCGGCAUGGACAUCCAGCUGUUGUCGACGCCGCUCUUUUACUUCGGCCUGCUGCUAGUGCCCAUCACCACGCUGUUGGUGGAUGUGAUCUGUAAACUGAUUCACAACACGGUCUUCAAGACACUUACGGAGGCUGUACGCGAGACGGAGAUCCGACGCAGCGACAUCUCCGAAGUGAUGAAUGAGCCGCGAUCUUCUGAUUCUGGUUACGGAUUCGCCUGCGGCAAGGUAAUUACAUCCAAGAAGACUCUGAUCAGUUCGCGUCAGCUCUGCAAGAAAGCCAAGCACCUGUUGCCUGUUGCCACGGAGGAAACAACUCUACGGGUGGUGAACCUGGAGCUGGAAAUGGACACAGAGGAGCAGCAGCGGACAAGACAGCGUCAGAAGUGGCGGGCCGGUAUGUUGUCCGCCGUAGAGAACCGAUUCUCGACGGUCAGGAGGGCCUCAUCGCCCACCCAGGCCACUCUCCAUAUGUGAGCGAAGGCCAAGUCAAAUCGAAAUAUUUUUCCUUAGUGUGUAGUCUCUGAUAUCUAAUAAGUGAGCAUUAUGUAUAUUGUAUUGUAAUGAGCAUGUGGAGCGGGAGACUAUUGCCCGCUUUGCCAGCGCAUCAUCGAGUAGCUCCUAAGAACUGUUGAAAUCAUAUCGCCAAGAGCAGACCUAGAUCCAUGUGUGUAUAUAUAUUUAUGCUUAAGCGUUAGAGAAGCGAACUAUUUGUACAUUGCCUACAACUUCUAUUUGCCAACUGUGAUAGUGUCUAAGGAGCCAGAGCUUUAGGAUAGACACGGUAGGAUAGGCCAAUAAUCAGGGAAUGCAUAUCAUUCCCAACGCAGCUGCGUUCAUUUACAUAUUACUAUAUAUACACAAACUAUUAUGAUUGUACCUUAACUACAUUAAACUUUAAAGAGACUUGUCAGGUUGUAAAAGAGAGUUAACGAAGCCCCCUCAGGGGGUCAUGUUCCCAGUCACGAAUGUUUAGUAUCCUUAACCAACCGAUAUACAUAUUCAUCCCAACGUUAAUGGAAUGUGAUGAUGGUACUUACCCCGAUGAUAUGUAUGUAUCAGUUUUUGAAUAUAUAUGUAUCCCGCACCGUCCACCACAGCUCGCAUGCAAUUUUAAAUCGGCCAAUGAUAUAUCUAAUACUAACUAUGGCUGCUAAUCUGAUCUGAUCCGAUCCGAUCCGCUCUGCACUUAUGUUCUAUGUAUGUUAUUAUUUAUUUUUGUAUUACGUAUUAAUGGACACCAAACAAUGCGACUUAACCAAUCACACACCCCAACACCCAAACACUUAAAACCAACUCGCAGUACCCAAAAUAACACACCCAACAAAUAACUAAUCAAUAUAUAAUUUAAUAAAAAGUCAAGAGUCAACAGCAAAA